UGUGCCGUGGGCUCUACCAGAAGGGGCGGGACUUCGCCCAAGUUUUCCCGCUUCUUCUCAGUUUGGGGCCGAAUCAACUGAACAAUAGAAUCUCGGAUCUCCAUUUUUGUGCCAUUCAAGUGCAUGUGACGAUUGAUCUGGACUCAAGCUGUAGGCCUACCAGUCAGAUGAGUCACUCAGUGGAGGAGGAGGACUUUGAGGAUAUCAGGGCCUACUUUUCCACAACAAAAUGGAACCGCCUCUGUAUGGCAGAGAAAAAAAGAUUCCUGCAGAUCAAGGAAAACCAUUUGGUUAUGUCGUCUCUUGGCCUGUCCUUUGUGGCUCCAGCCUUCAUGAGGAGAGAGAAGCCCGGCCAGGUGAGAGUCUGCUCACCUGAAGAGACGGACUCUGAGGAGGAGCAGCUCUGGACCUCUGGAUUGACCGGUGCUCGAGUGUGGAAGCCACCAACAGUCAGACAGGGGUCUCUACAACAGCCCAGUACGUCAGAUGCAGUUUCUGUACAGAGUCUCUCAGGGCGGGGCUGGAGUGACCAGGAGGUCUCUGGAGGGCCCACUCCUUCUCAUCCAGAGAUCGACCCCCCCGGAGGAGGAGUAGAGAGGGGCUCUGCAGUCCAGGAGGAGGUCUCAUUGGUUCUCCAUGAACAUAUGAAGGGCUCAAGUGUUUAUUCAAGAGAGACGAACCUGAGAAAUGUUCUCAGAGUUAACUACCAAGAACCGGAAGUACCUAAGGAUGAUGACUACUUCUUCUGUGAUGAGUGUAGGACUAUCUUCCUCGAAGAGUGCGAGGUCCACGGUCCUAUCGUCUUCAUGGCUGAUCGCCCCGUUGCUGUCAGAGAGAAAGACAGAGCCAAGAAGACGCUGCCCGCUGGGUUUGAGAUCAGAGAUUCUGGGAUCCCUGGGGCCGGUCUAGGGGUGUUUUACUGUGGAGACGGUGGCCUUCCCAUUGGAACACACUUUGGACCCUACGAAGGACACAGGACAGAUGAAGAGGGAGCCCUGGAGAGUGGAUACUCCUGGGAGAUCUACAAGAGCAGACACAAUGAUUACAUUGAUGCAAAGAGAGAGACACUUUCUAACUGGAUGAGGUACGUCAAUUGUGCUCGUAAUGAAGAGGAACAGAACCUAAUAGCGUUUCAGCACAAAGGAGGAAUUCCUUAUCGCACCUGUGGCCUCGUGACUUCAGGAGCAGAGCUCUUGGUCUGGUAUGGGGACGAAUACGCCAGACAUCUGGGAAUCGGAUUUGAUCGACUGUGGAACAACAAGAGCUCUACUAAAGGAGGGAAAUCCCAGCUGACACCAGCACAGGCUUUCCCCUGUCCCGAGUGUCCGUACUCCUACACGUCUCAGAUCUUCCUCCACAAACACAUGAAGAGGAGCCAUGGCGACCUGUACGGCCGACUGCUGAGGAGUGGAGAAAUCAAGGUGGAGCCUAGUCUCCUCCCAUACGUCGCAGCCUCCUAUCAAGAACCAAUCGGAGCCUCCCCGGGAACCGUCCAAAGCACGAGCCAGAUUCCAGCAGAAGGAGCCGGACGCCACAGAUGUGAGAAGUGCAGUAAAACCUUUAGUCGCUCUGAUAGUCUGAAGAGACACCAGCGCAUCCACACGGGAGAGAAACCAUACCACUGUAAACAGUGUGGGAAAACAUUUAGACAAUCUAGUGAUCUGACGGUACACCAGCGCAUCCAUACAGGAGAGAAACCAUACCACUGUAAACAGUGUGGGAAAACAUUUAGUCUGUCUGAUGAUCUGAAGAAACACCAGCGCAUCCACACAGGAGAGAAACCAUACCACUGUAAACAGUGUGGGAAAACGUUUAGUCUGUCUGAUGAUCUGAAGAAACACCAGCGCAUCCACACAGGAGAGAAACCAUACCACUGUAAACAGUGUGGGAAAACGUUUAGUCAGUCAGGUGAUCUGGAGAGACACCAGCGCAUCCAUACAGGAGAGAAACCAUACCACUGUAAACAGUGUGGGAAAACAUUUAGUCACCCUGGUGAUCUGAAGAAUCACCAGCGCAUCCACACGGGAGAGAAACCAUACCACUGUCAGAAGUGUGGGAAAACAUUUAGUCGAUCUGGGGCCCGUUUCAGAAAGCAGGUUUAG